CUGCGCACUCUGCAGAUCCUCCCCGGCACUGAGCACCGCACCUACCCGCCCGGCGCGCACAGGACGGAGGGAUGAGCUCCCCCCCCCGCCCUUCGCAUCGCACUACCGUGAGCGUGUGACGCCUCUUUCCCGCGGACACACGCACCCACAGAGGACCCGCACCGGUCCGCUGUCCCCUGCAAACCCCCGCUGCUCCUCCUCGGACUCCCGCAGCAGCAGCAGCAGCAGCAGCCGCCCCGGACCAUGGCGGAGCGAAGCGGCCGGCUGAGCUUCCCCGGGAGCGGGGCUCUCAACAGACCGGUGCCCAUGAACCUGUUCGCAACGUGGGAGAUCGACGGAUCCUCCCCGAACUGCGUCCCCAGGCUGUGCAGUCUGACUCUGAAGAAGCUGGUCGUGAUGAGGGAACUCGAUAAAGAGCUGAUCUCUGUGGUCAUAGCUGUUAAAAUCCAGGGCUCCAAACGGAUUCUGAGGUCCCAUGAGAUAGUGCUGCCCCCCAGUGGCUCAGUAGAGACAGACCUGGCUCUCACCUUCUCACUACAGUACCCGCACUUCCUAAAACGAGAAGGAAACAAGCUGCAGAUCCUGCUGCAGCGACGGAAGAGAUACAAGAACCGGACGAUCUUGGGCUACAAGACUCUGGCAGUGGGAUCUAUCGACAUGGCCGAGGUGAUGCAGCACCCGACCGAGGGAGGCCAGGUCCUGCCGCUCUGCAGCAACCAGAAGGAGACGCUGGGCAAGGUGGCGGAGAUCUGGAUCUUCUCUCUGUCCAGUCAGCCGAUAGACCACGAGGAGGCCGCCCUGCAGGACGGGCAGAAGACCAAGUGCUCCGAUAACUACUCGGAGGAAGAGUACGAGAGCUUCUCCUCGGAGCAGGAGGCCAGCGACGACGCCGUGCAGGCCCAGGAGCUGGAGGACGAUGAGUACGAUGUGAGGAAGCCAAAGAAGCAGAGGAGGUCGAUUGUAAGGACGCCCUCCAUCACCAGACAGCAGAACUUCAAGCAGCGAGUGGUGGCUCUCCUGAAGCGGUUCAGAGUUUCAGAAGAGGUGCUGGACUCGGAGCAGGACCCUGCAGAGCCGCCUCCUGAGGUGGAGGAGGAGGACCUGGACCUGGACAGCGUGGAGUUUGAGAACCCCAGUGACAGCGGCCCCGAGCUGGAUGACGACGACAGCGUCCUCAGUACGCCCAAACCCAAACUCAAGCCGUACUUCGAGGGUCUCUCUCUCUCCAGCUCUCAAACGGAGAUCGGCAGCAUCCACAGCAUCCGGAGCCACAGGGAGCCUCCGAGCCCGAUUGACCCAGAUAAAAACAAGUGCGGAGCCAAGUUUCCAGAUGAUAACGUGUCCGAUAACGUCUCCUUUGAGCAGCCGGAGGCGGUGACUCCCACCACUGAGCUGGAGAUGGACAACAUGGACACGUUUCUAGAGAGACUGCCCCCUAGUGGCAAAAUGACCAAGACAGAGUCCCUCAUCAUUUCAUCCAACAGGCAGGAGCCGAAGCUGUGCGGUCGGCGAGGCCGGAGCACGUCGCUGAAGGAGCGUCAGCCCAGCAGGCCGCUGAACGAGAGGGCCAACAGCCUGGACAACGAGCGCUCCCUGGACACACGCUGCCACCUACAGAUCCCAAGGAAGACGGUGUAUGACCAGCUGAACCACAUCCUGGUGUCUGACAACCACCUCCCUGACAGCAUCAUCCUCAUCAACACGUCCGACUGGCAGGGCCAGUAUCUUUCAGAUAUGCUUCAAAACCACCACCUCCCAGUGGUGUGCACCUGCACCACAGCAGACAUCCAGGCUGCGCUCAACACCAUCGUCUCCCGCAUUCAGAGAUUUUGUAACUGUAACUCCCAGACGCCCAUUCCCAUAAAGAUAGCCGUGGCGGGAGCGCAGCACUACCUCAGUGCCGUCCUGAGGCUGUUUGUGGACCACCUCACCCACAAGACCCCUGACUGGCUCGGAUACAUGAGGUUCCUCAUCAUCCCUCUAGGUGCACAUCCAGUCUCUAAAUACCUGGGCACUAUUGACUAUCGAUACAACAGUUUGUUCCAAGACGCCGCCUGGAGGGACCUGUUCCUCAAGCCAGAAGCUCCUGUUCUUGCCCAGGAGAAUCCUGACGUGGUCUCCAGGGUCACCCAGUACAUGGUGGGAGCUAACGGAGCUCACCAGCUUCCCAUCGCAGAGGCCAUGCUCACCUACAAACAGAAGAGGAAAAAGAGCUUUCAUUUUGAUUUUGCAGUAAGCCCCGACGAGGACUCGUGUCAGAAGUUCAUCCCUUUCAUUGGGAUGGUGAAAGUUGGCAUCGUGGAGCAGUCGUCGGCAGCGUCAGGAGACUCUGAUGAUGCAGCACCACUGGGCUCCUUGCUGCUCUCCUCCACGCCUCCACAGAUAUCUCCUGCUCUCAAAGAGGCGUCGCCCACCCCGCCCUCCUCUCCCUCCGUCAACACCAGCUUCUGUGUUUACAGCUCUGGCAGUCACACAGAGCUGAUGGGGCUUCAGGUGGACUACUGGGUGGCUCAGACAGAAAGGAAGAAAGACGUGGAGAAGCGGGAUUCCUCCUCCAAAAAUACUCUGAAGUGCAAUUUCCGCUCGCUGCAGGUCAGCCGGCUGCCACUGGGAGGCGCUGAGCCGAGCCCCCAGCCCACCAUGUCCAUGACAGUGGUCACCAAGGAGAAGAAUAAGAAGGUCAUGUUCCUGCCAAAAAAGAGCAAAGACAAGGAGGUGGAGUCCAAGAGUCAAGUGAUCGAGGGAAUCAGCCGCCUCAUCUGCACUGCCAAGCACCAGCAGACCAUGCUGAGAGUGUUGAUCGACGGCGUCGAGUGGAACGACGUCAAGUUUUUCCAGCUGGCAGCUCAGUGGUCGUCACACGUCAAACACUUCCCCAUCGGGAUCUUUGGACACUCGAAAGGCCCGUACUAGCACCUAAGAGACACUGAGGACAGCCCCCCCCCCUUCCGUCGCCCCAGCCCUGGUGCCAACAGUUUUUAACCCCCUUCACCUCACUCUCCCCCGGCACACGUCUUCUGUUCUGCUGUCUUAAUUUAAGCGCCUGUUUUCCACUGUUGCAAUUUGUCCAAUUAUUUAAUCUUUUGCUUGUUUUUUUUAAUUUUUCUAUUUAUGUAAAGAAACGUCCCCGAGGGCAAAGCUGCUGAGGGAAUAUUUCUUUACUGUGCUUUUUAAAAAGACAGAAUCCUGCUGAUGUUUUAUAGACUUUUGAGAGGAAAAAGAGCCUAAUUUAAUAAUAAUAAUUAGAAAUGACCUCUGACCUUCGACAAACUGUCAAGUGUGAACAUGCUGGUUUUACUUAUGGUGAGGUUGGUUUCAAGCACUUGGCCCCAGCACAAUGAAUCAAGAACAUAUACAAAAAAAAAACGACAACAGCACCGGAUUUGUAAUGAAGACGAGCAUAUCCUUUUCUAACCACGAUGAAGAAACGACGGACUCUCUUCUUCUUGUCGAUUCCUCGUCUUAACCCCGAAGAACUAAAUAAAUGGCCCCUGACCUUUGACCCUCUGCACUACAUGAAGACGUUUAAUGUGCAAUAGACUGUGUGAAUAUGUUUAAUAAUCUGACACUGUUGGAAGAUUAGUUGUUUUUAUUUUGUUUGUGAACUGUCUUGAGGUUUGAAGACUUGCUCUGAAAUUGAUCUGAAGUGAACUUUUAGAAAAAAUCCUUUUAUAUUAUAUUAAAUGAAUAUUUGGGAAAUGCACUUGUUUGCUUUCUUGCCAAGAGUUCGAUGAGACGGAUGAUCUCUCUGGUAUGUAGGUUGAAUAAAAAGCUGCAGCUAGCUUACCUUAGCACGGGGGAACAGCCAUUCUGGAACUAAUCAUGGGAACAAAAUCUGCCCACCAGUUACAUUUUUACAGAAACAGAGUAGUAAAAAUACAAGUUGGGUUCUCUGUGGUUUAACAGGGAACUUAAUUUACAGCUUGUCGAGAUUUUAGGUCAAAGAUUUAGUUUGAAUUAAACAAAAGUUAAGUUGUUUACUUAGUCCGUGCAAAACCUGAGCCAGGCUUGCCACCUUUGUGCUAAACUCAAGUGAACCACCUCAAAGCAUUGAUCUUUUUAUCGAACUCUCAGCAAGAAAGUACAAAUUAUUCCCAUAAGCCUGUCUAUUAGAGUUUUUCCUCCGUAUUAAAUAAUUUUAAUUUAAUUAAUUUCCUCAAAUGUAUUUUAUUAAACUCUUCCUCCUCAAGCCCCACACUCCUCCAUCACACUCCAUAGCUUUUUGCUAAAAGCAAGUGUUGUUUUUGCCAAAGGGAAUAUUCAUCCACUGCAGCUCCCUCUGUAUCACUACUGUGUGGUAUUAUAGAUGACUUCAUGACGUAGAGGUGAAUGUAUUGAAGGUACCUUAAUGUAAAGCACUUUUAAAUGUUUGUCCAUGAUAGAUUUUAGUGUGUUCGACCUGCUCCCAGGAACCUGAGGGACACACAACUGGUCCACAGAGGCACAUAUGACACAAUACCUGAGGUCAACAACAGCACAAGCGGUGGCGAUGGGGCAUAUCGUGCAUAUGCAAAGUCAACCAGGCAUCUAUAUCUUCUCAGUGCUGUUUAAUAUCACUUUACCCGAAGCCUCUUUGGUCUGUGUUAGGUUUUAGUUGAAUAUUUUGUCAGGUUGGCCUAGAACGUGUACGUGAACAUCUCAAAAGAAUGUUCUGUAAGUAGAUCGAUUCUUUAGUUGACUAUUAAAAUAAAACAGUAUUUUGCUUAUAAACAUUUCUUUCCGUAGCAGUUUCAUCACAACCUUUGCCAAUUUCUUGAUAAGUGCCUAAAUUGCUUAAUUUUGACAGAUCAAUGUAAAUAAAGGUCGCUGGCUAACAUGGUGCUGAUUCUGGUGCGACAACAACCAAAUAUCUUAGUUCGGUGCGAUGAUUUAUGUUCAUUGGAAGGAGGGGAAAUCACACUCUGGCCAGUUGACUCCCAGACAUGGGUUUGGAUUUAUUAUAAGAACAUAACCGUCAUACAGUCCAUUCUUGUUAAGCUAACAUUUGUUUCUCUAUAAAGAUGUUAUAGAUGUUUUUUUCUUUUCCAUGUUGUCUGUCUCAGAGAAAGGCUUGUUGAAACUGAAAAGUUCCCCUAAAGACUACCACUGUAAUCCCACAACUGGGAGUAAUAAAAUACUAUACACACUAAAA